AUGAUCCGGCUGCGCGGCUGGUGCGCGCGGAGGCCCCGCGGCGCAGCGGUGCCUGCGGGGCCCGCUGGGCUGCGCUGGGCGUCAGGCCGGCCUGCCGGCCGCGCCCUGCGGGUGCUGGUGGACAUGGACGGCGUGCUGGCCGACUUCGAGGGCGGCUUCCUCAGGAAGUUCCGCGCGCGCUUCCCCGACCAGCCCUUCAUCGCGCUGGAGGACCGGCGCGGCUUCUGGGUGUCGGAGCAGUACGACCGCCUGCAGCCCGGGCUGAGCGAGAAGGCGAUCAGCAUCUGGGAGUCGGAGAAUUUCUUCUUUGACCUCGAGCCUCUGCCAGGCGCUGUGGAGGCUGUGAAGCAGAUGGCCAACCUGGAGAGCACGGAUGUCUUCAUCUGCACCAGCCCCAUCAAGAUGUACAAGUACUGUCCCUUCGAGAAGUACGCCUGGGUGGAGAAACACUUCGGCCCUGACUUUCUAGAGCAGAUCGUGCUGACCAGAGACAAGACCGUGGUCUCCGCCGACCUCCUCAUAGACGACCGCGUGGACAUCACAGGGGCCGAGCCGAACCCCCGCUGGGAGCACGUGCUCUUCACGGCCUGUCACAACCGGCAUAUGCGGCUGCAGCCCCCCGGCCGCAGGUUGCACUCAUGGGCAGACGACUGGAGGGCCGUCCUGGACAGCAAGCGGCCCCGCUGA